GUUCCAAAUCAUAUACUCUCAUUGAUUUGAGCGAUUCUUCAGAAGAAGAUAAUCAGGGUGGGUCAUCUCAAAGUGGGAUUGAAGAGCUCCUGGGCGAAAAUAUCUUUUUUGACGAUGAAUUUGUCAAACCGAUCACCAUUGAAAAUAACCAAAUAAUCCCUGAUCCCUAUGAAGGGGUUUCUAGGUUUUUUAAAUACAAAUUGGCUAACUCAGGUGGUCAAUAUGGAUUUGAGGAUUUGCGAAUGGAGGUAGUUGGGUUCCAUCUAGAAUCCAUGCAACAAUACUUCCAAGACUUGCGGAAUCGUUUCAUAAGCAGCAACAAGAUUGCCUCCAAUGAUAGUUCAGCACACAAAUGUUGCCACUCGGGACCAUGGCAGAAGGAUUUUGGACUUGAAAACUGUGACGUUUGCGGUAGAUGGAUGCCCCUUUAUACCCUUAGUUGCCCAUCGUGCCAAAUCAAAGCAUGCAUUAGCUGCAAGUACCACUAGAGAGAAGGGGGUAAUUAAGGGAUCUCGCUUUGCCCACUGAAGAUCUGAACUACG